AUGCAGCAACAAAGCCACAAUGAGCAACAGAGGAUUCAAACAGCCCACCAAUCAGCCCAACGGACAAUAUAUGACCUGACGGCAGACGAUUCCAACAAUGAUGAUGAUGAUGACUCUGUCAUUUGGAUCAACAGCAGCCCCAGUGGCGUGGACAAUAACACACAUUCUUUUAUUUCACAGAUACCUACCUCUGGUAAUCAGCUAAUCCGGCUAAAUGAGCAGCCUACCGGCCUGAUGGCACCAAUCCACGCAGAUGACGACAAUGAGCCGCCACAGCAGCAGCAGCCUACGCAGACAGCCCAGACGGUGCUUUCACAGCAGAAACUGCAACAAUCAAUUCAGCUGCUGGAUACCCGGCAGCUACCAGCCACUCCGCAGCCGCAGCAACAGCAGCUCCAAGACACGUCGCCAGCCAAUAGGCUGAAACGGAAGAGAAUCCCAUCUCAAACCGCUCAACGGCCUAACAAUACCUGCAAGAAUAACGAAUAUCAGCAAAAACGUCCAGCCAUCAAGCACACAGUCUCUGAAUCAGAGCUGACGCCAAAAAAACCAUGCAGGUACUUAGCUUCAACCUGGGAUCUACAAUUAUCCCAACAGCGACUACAGCUCGGCAAACGGCACCAUGUGGACCCCGCUUAUGCUGAUCCUCCCUCGCCAAAGAGAAGCCGAAUGCAACAACAACGGCAUGCCAAUAAGCCAGCGUGCAUACUUAUCCACUACACUAGUGGCAAAUGGUUCUCACUUACCGGUGAUCGGCUCAUCCGGUUGACAACACGGCAGCAACGAGGCAUAUGCGAACAGCUCCAGCCGACGGCAUCCAAUCCGGCCUCCCAUGGUAUCCAACAACAUCCGCAAAUCCAGCAGCAAGCCCCCUGGGGGCAACAAAAGCAACAGCAACAGUCGAUGGCAGCCAAUCCGGCCUCCUAUGGCCUCCACGAACAUCCGCAAAUACAGCAGCAAGCCCCUUGGGGGCAACAAAAGCAACAGCUCCAGCCGACGGCAUCCAAUCCGGCCUCCUAUGGCCUCCAUGAACAUCCGCAAAUCCAGCAGCAAGCCCCUUGGGGGCAACAAAAGCAACAGCAACAGUCGAUGGCAGCCAAUCCGGCCUCCUAUGGCCUCCAUGAACAAGCAACAAUCCACCAAGAUGGGCAGCAGAGCCAACAACACCAUCACCAAUCGACGGUAGCCACCACGGCCUCCAAUGGCAUGGCACAGCAGCAACCAAUGCGGCAGACGGACCAGAAGGAUCACCAGGGACAGCAUCAGCUGUCAAAGGUGACCAUAGAGGCUCCUCCUGGCCAACACCAGCAUCUCCAAAUUGAGUUGCCGGCCCAUAUGGGCCAGCAGCACAAAGCGA